AUGAUAAGAAGUUCUUUUUACUUGAAACGUUCACUAACGCUGAACCUCAAUCGCUUAAACGGGCAGUGCAAACACAAUGUUAAUCUAAGAAGAUACUCCCAAAGAAUAAUUCCUGAAAUCAAUGCUGGACAACCGUUAUAUGAGACUAGACCUCACAUGUUGAGACCAGGAGAACUUACUCCGGGGAUCACGGCACUUGAAUAUUUUGAAAGAAGGUUGAAACUUGGUGUCAAAAUGAAAAAAGGGUCUGUGGCAGUGAUUCCGGGAAACCAAGUGAAAUAUGCUUCUGGAGCGGUGUUUUACAAAUUUCAACAAAAUACCGAUCUCUUCUACCUUACAGGAUGGGAAGAACCGGAUUCCGUAGCAUUGAUUGAGCAUUUGGAAGACGAGUCUCUUGAUCCCGCUGAUAGAAUCAUUCUUCAUAUGAUUGUUCCUCCAAAAGACGCCCACACCGAGCAGUGGGAAGGGUUCAGAACUGGGGUAAAUGGUGCUGUUGAAAUAUUCAAUGCCGAUGAAGGGGCUUCCAACAAGGAUUUGAAACAAUAUAUUUCGAAAAUAGUUCAAAGAUACGAUACAGUUUACUUUGAUCAAAAUUUUGCGGGGACCAAUUCGGGAUCUUCUAUCUUCAAAUCAUUUUUCUCCAUCAGUGAAAAGGGCCCACAAUGGGAUACCAUCUCUGACGUUGUGAAGAGUUCAAAAAGCCAAAUAAAGUCAUUGACGAGCCUAGUUCGUGAUUUGAGGGCGAAAAAAUCCAAUGCUGAGAUUGAUCUUAUCAGAACCGCCGGGAAGAUAUCUGGUAGGGCGUACAAUGAAGCUUACGCGAACAGAUUCAAGAAUGAAAGAACCUUAGCAUCAUUUUUGGAACAUAAAUUUAUUUCUGGAGGCUGUGAUGGCCAUGCGUACGUUCCUGUGGUUGCUGGAGGUCCUAAUGCUCUUUCAAUUCACUAUACCAGAAAUGACGACGUAUUUUAUGAUGAUGAGUUAGUGUUGGUGGAUGCCGGGGGUAAAUUGGCAGGAUAUCGUGCCGAUAUUUCUAGAACAUGGCCAAUUAGUGGUAAGUUUACCGAUCCACAAAGGGAUCUUUAUCAAGCGGUGUUGAAUGUCAACAAGGAAUGUAUCAAAAUGUGCCGUGCUGAUAGUGGAAAGAGCUUACAUGACAUUCAUCUCAAAAGUGUGGAUUUAUUGUUGAAAGAAUUGAUACAACUUCCAGGGUUGGGUGAUUUAAAAUACUGGGACGUCACCAAAUUGUAUCCUCAUUAUGUGGGCCACAAUUUGGGGCUUGAUGUUCACGACAUUCCAUCUUAUUCCAGAAGUGCCCCACUCAUAGAAAAUCAAGUUAUCACCAUUGAACCAGGGGUUUAUUUUCCUCUUAAUGAUACCAGCUUGCCUAGUUACUACAGAGGUAUUGGUAUUAGAGUUGAGGAUAAUGUUGCUAUUGGUUGGGACACCAAUACCGUGUUGACAACUGAAGCAGCCAAAGAGAUCAUUGACAUAGAAACCAUUGCGGAAAAUGGUCUUUCCUCUCCUUAUAAGUCAGAUAUUGUCGAUAUCCUUGAGCAAGAUUGA